GCCGGAGUUGGGGGGAUGUCCUUGGGCUUCCCUGUGGGCCGGAGGCAAAUCCCCUGCCUGUCCUUGUUGCUUCCUGCCCCAGGCCCCAAGGUGAGGCCGGAGAGCGCGGAGGACAAAUCCCGGCGGCAGAGCCUGGUGGGAGAGGCCGUUUUGAAGGGCUCCCCGGCGCAGGAAGGCAGCGGGGAGGAAAAGGGCCGGAGAUGCCCCCGCAGGAGGGGCUGCAAAGCCAGCCCAGGGGGCUGUGAGGAGGAAAGAGCCAGCGUGUGCCGGGAAGGCGGCCGGAGCUUGAGGCGGAGCUGCGAGCUGGUGGUCCCUGAGCAGCCUCCCAGCAGAGAGGAGCACUUCAGGUGCUUAGAAUGUGGGAAGAGCUUCAGGACGAGCACCAACCUCCUGAGGCACCAGCACAUCCACAGUGGGGAACGGCCCUACAAGUGUAGGGAAUGUGGGAAGAGCUUCAGUGACAGCGCCCACCUGCUCCGACACCAGGUGAUCCACAGUGGGGAAAAGCCCUACACGUGUGGGAAAUGUGGGAACAGCUUCAGCCAGAAGUCCUGCCUGAUCCGCCACCAGCUCAUCCACACUGGAGAACAACCUUACACCUGUGGGGAAUGUGGGAAGAGCUUCAACCGGAGAUUCAACCUCCGCACUCAUCUGGGCCUGCACUCCAGGGAACGGCCCUACAAGUGCUUGGAAUGUGGGAAGAGCUUCAGCCAGAGCUCUGAUCUGAUCCACCACCAGAAGAUCCACAGUGGGGAACGGCCCUACAAGUGCCCGGAAUGUGGAAAGAGGUUUAGAACCAGCUCCCAUCUCCUCAUGCAUGAGCAGAUACACACGGGGGAGAGGCCCUUCCGCUGCAGCGACUGCGGGAAGGGCUUCAAACGCAACUCCCACCUCGUCAUCCACCGUCGCAUCCACACCGGGGAGAAGCCCUACAAGUGUGACGAGUGUGAGAGGAGCUUCACCAACAGCUCUGCCUUGACCUACCACCAACGGACCCACCAGUAAUGGAAGCCCCGAGUGCCCCGACUGCGGGAAGAGCUUCGGCCGCUGCUCCAACUCCAUCAGCCAUGGGAGGACCUGCAUUGGAUGAUCCACA